UAAGAGGGAGGAGAGUAUGCGACCAGUGUUGUAGAUGGACCGUUUCUCUAUACGGCUGCUCGAAUGUGCGAACACAUAAUUUUUUUUAAUUUUCAGUCAUCUCCCAGGCUCGUCUGAAGAGAGCAAACUAAAUCAGGUGACAAGAUGGGGAAUGGUUCGAUGAAAUCAAAGCGUUACAAACACGCCGACGGCUCUGCUGCCGCGCCCGACAGCCGACCCCACAAAGAUCAGGGGUUCAGAAACUCGCCCCUGGACUCCCUGAGGGUCCGGGUGGAUGAGCUGGAGCGAGAGGGCAAGAGGAGGGAUGAGGAGCUCUGUGCCAAAGAGCUCCAGAUCAAGACUCUCCAGGAGCAGCUGGCCAAACAGACGCAAGCUCUGGCCGAGCUGAGCGAGGAGCUGCAGAACAAGUGCAUCCAGCUCAACAAGCUGCAGGACGUGAUGAAGAACCAGAGCGGGGCCUCGGCAGGUCUGGCGUCACGGCCCCCUUCCAUCAGAGUUGCCAGCAGGGGCAGCCCCAACCUCAGCGUUCGCAUCAAGGAAACCCUCAACAGAAGGAAAGGGGCCAAAGCCGGGGUGUCGGCCGAACCCACAUCCAGGACCUACGACUCCAGCAGCCUGCCAAAGUUCUCUUUCGAGAAGGCCCGGGUACCGAAGGAUGCAAGUGUAAAGAAGCUGCUGACAGACUCCCUGAACAAGAACCAGUACCUGAAGAGGCUUGAGCUGCAGCAGGUCAAAGACAUGGUGGAGUGUAUGUACGAGCGCACCUACCAGCAGGGAGAGUACGUCAUCAAGCAGGGAGAGCCUGGGAACCAUCUGUUUGUGUUGGCAGAUGGGAAGCUGGAUGUGUUUCAACAUAACAAACUGCUCACAUCAAUAACGGUGUGGACCACAUUUGGAGAAUUAGCCAUUCUGUACAACUGCACACGGACAGCAUCAGUACGAGUGGUGAACAAAGUGAGGGUGUGGGCUCUGGACCGGGAGGUGUUUCAGAACAUCAUGAGGAGGACGGCUGAGACGCGACAUGAACAGCACCGCAACUUCCUCCGAAGUGUUUCACUCUUGGCUAAUCUGCCAGAAGACAAGCUAAGCAAAAUAGUGGACUGCCUCGAGGUGGAAUACUAUGACAAGGGAGAGCACAUCAUCCGGGAGGGAGAGGAGGGCAGCACCUUCUACAUCAUCGCACAGGGAAAGGUGAAGGUGACCCAGACCACCGAGGCCCACAAGCUGCCGCAGAUCAUCAACACGCUGCAGAAGGGAGACUACUUUGGAGAGAAAGCCCUUAUAAGUGAUGAUGUCAGGUCAGCUAAUAUCAUCGCCGAAGAGGACGGGGUGGAGUGCCUCGUCAUCGAUAGAGAGACAUUUGAUCAGACAGUGGGCACAUUCAAUGAGCUGCAGAGGUACCUCCAAGGCUACGUGGCAACACUUGAUCGUGACGACAAGAAGAGACAUGCCAGGAGGUCCGUAUCGCGCCACCAGAGCCAGCCGCUUUCGCCAGACGUCAUCCAGCUGAAGGACCGGGUGGCCGUGUUUCCUCCGUCCAGGCCCUUCGACCACCUGGAGCCCGUCGCUACUCUCGGGGUCGGCGGCUUUGGACGAGUAGAACUGGUGAAGGUGCAGAACGAAGACGUCACCUUUGCCCUGAAAGUCAUCAAGAAGAAGCACGUCGUAGACAACAGGCAGGAGGAGCACAUCCACUCGGAGAGGAAGAUCCUCGCCGAGGCGCGCUCGCCGUUCGUCGUCAAACUGUAUCGCACAUUUAAGGAUAACAAGUAUGUGUACAUGCUGCUGGAGGCCUGUCUGGGUGGAGAGAUUUGGAGUCUGCUCAGAGACAGGGGGAGUUUUGAUGAGCCCACUGCCAAAUUCUGCGUUGGUUGCGUCACAGAGGCUUUCGAUUACCUCCAUCGCAAGGGUGUCCUCUACAGAGACCUGAAGCCGGAGAAUCUCAUGCUUGAUACCGAGGGAUACAUCAAACUGGUUGACUUUGGUUUUGCCAAGAAGAUCAGAUGUGGCCAAAAGACCUGGACCUUCUGCGGGACACCGGAGUACGUGGCCCCUGAGAUCAUCCUCAACAAAGGCCACAACUUCAGUGUAGACUUCUGGGCUCUGGGCAUCCUGGUGUUUGAGCUCCUUACUGGCAGUCCUCCGUUCUCAGGGAGUGACCAGAUGAUGACGUACACUUUCAUCUUGAAAGGAAUCGAGAAGAUGGACUUCCCCAAGAAGAUCACAAAGAGGCCCGAGGACCUCAUACGCAAACUGUGCAGGCGGAAUCCCUCAGAGCGACUGGGCAACCUCAAAAAUGGAAUAACUGAUAUCAAGAAGCACAGGUGGUUUAACGGCUUCAACUGGGAGGGACUGAAGGCGAGGACUUUACCAUCUCCACUGAAAAGAGAACUUACAGGACCAACAGAUCACAGCUAUUUUGACAGCUACCCUCCAGAUGAGGACAGUCCUCCUGAAGAGCUGUCUGGUUGGGAUAUGGACUUUUGAGACCUAUUGCUCCAUCUUUCCAUUGUUGUCUUUUCUUUGCACACCCUAACCAAAGCUUGAUGGGCAAAGGCCAUCAACUCCGGGCAACAUGGUGGAGGACCUCAGGUUCUGGGCAACAGUAGCUGCAGUUAGCGGGUUACUUUCUGAACUAAAGAUCGUCCGUCUCAACACAAAUAAACAGUUAUAGGCAAAUUCUCCUUUGAGUUUGCUGCUCCUUUGAGUUUACAGUGAAACAGUUUGUAAUGUAACAAUCGCUGUCCUUUUGGUUAGUAUAUCUGACUGGCACUCAAGCUAAUCUAGUACAAUGUAGUGCUAAUAGUGAUACAAUAGUAGUGGCAUGUUAGCAUAGCAAGCUACAAUCUGUAAUACUGAAAAGGUAAUGAGGUUCUCCACAAUCUGCUACUGCGAAAUGUUGCAGUGGCUGCUGCUGCUUGUUGCAGUGGAUAAACACUCACCUAAACCGAAAACACAGCUGGAAGUGUUAGUGGGGGGGGGGAAGCCAUUGAGGAAUCACGUCCUUGGAUGGUUGGGGAAGUAGCACAAAACAAAGUAGGCAAUAGGCAUAGAUAAAAAACAAAACAUGUAUUCGUUACUUUGGAGUUGGGUAACGAGAAUCAGCUCUGUUUUGUAACCAGUUCAAAAAUUCUAGCAACCUAGAAUUCAUGAAGGAACAUGCUUUUUCAUUCAGCUAUUUGGAUCCCAACAAUAACGUUUCAAUGGCAAAGUUUGGCCUUAAUGCGCUUCAGUGUACAGUUCCAGUUAAGGCUCAUGUACAGUGUUUACAAAAUGGCAGACCGGAACUAGCGCUAAAAAGUGUUAAGUGCACAAAAGAAAACAGUGAGAACAAGUAAAAGGGCCAAUGUUAUACAAGUUAAAUCACUGAUGAGAGAGUAGUAACGUUAACAACAUUUUCACCACAUACUGUACCAACCACAUUUUAUGUUUUUGUUAUCUUUGCUGACGUUUGUAAGUUGGUAGAGUAAUUAAUAACAGCUUCAGCUUUUCUAAGCUUCAUCUCCUACUGCUUUGGGGAGUAAGUCUUGAAACAGACCAGUGUCCUGUGUCACAGUAUUAAUGUUUUAACAGUCCUUAAUCAAUCUACGGCCAUUUAAUAAUCUUUCACAGAUACCUAAAAAAUAUAGUUUUUUUUUUUCUAGGCCCUCAUGAUGGUUCCAGAUGUGGUUGGCGGGGAAAUUUGUGAUACAGCUGCAAAGUCUUUAUUUCUUACAGCUGAGAGAAUUUGUGAUUACAUUGGCAGUUUUUUUUUACAACUGUUGAGGAAUGGAGGUGUGUGGUGAGGAGAUCAUGUGUGGAGAUGACACUGUAACUUGAGAACAAACAGACUCGGGAGAAGGGAUUCUACUUAACUGCUUAGACGGCAUCGAACCACAACGCAGUACUGUCCCACACAUGAAAUAUUUGUGCUAAGAAGCAUCAAGAGUUCCUUGUGCCAACGGUGUUAUCCUCACAGUCCCUCCACUGCCCAAACUAGACACAUAAAAACAUGAACACCUUCCACACUUAAGUUCUAGAGUGUGAGUAUCGCGCAGCAGGGUGCCUGACCUGAAGAAAUAUUUACCUUUUUGAAGCUGAGUCAACUCUGCGGUCCCCAGCUUCUUAAGAAGAAUGGCAGUUCUGCUCGGUCUGAGGUGUUGAUGAUGUGAUGAGGAACAGCAAACAAGUUUACCUUGGGGGGUUUUCAGGAACUUAGGGUUAAAAAUAUAUGUAUUUCCAUUUUUCAAACACUUGAGGUUUACAGUAAAUCGACUGUGUACCAUGUGUCUAUGUAUAUACUGAAUACUGUAAAGCACAAGCAUAAAAAAUACACAAUUUAUACAAUCCAAGCUACAUGUUCCUUUAUGUAAACCUUGAAAACUGGGUGAGUGAAUCUUGUAAAUAUUACAUAUAUAUGUAUACAUUGACUGGUGAAUGUGUGUGGACAGUAUGUACAGUGUGUGAUGUUGUUGGUGUAUGGAAGCAUCUGAAAUUCCUGGAAAAGCUGUGGCCUUAAGAUAAUGACUACUGAUUUCAGGAUACAGCUGUGUUUGUUAAUUAUUGUCUUUUUUUAUUUGACAUUUUGUAACUGAAUGAAAUAGUUUUCUUAAAUUGGUCAAUUGAAAUUUUAUUUUAUGCCACAAUAGAUUAUUAUUUUAUUUUCUUAAAAAUAUGUGCAGACCUUUUUUUAGUGGAGACAUUUGGACUUGUCAAACACAGGGGUAUGUAAAGACAUUAGUGAUAGCUGCAUUUCAUUUUGUUCAGUGCCAGGCCUGAUAAUCAAACUAAAUUCAACUUCAAAUGAAACUACUGACAUCAUGUUCAUGUUUGCCAAUAUCUGUUGGCAAGUUAUGUUUUGUUUUGCUGUAACCAAACAGUAGCAAGCGAUGUAAAAGUUCACAACAAAAAAAACAAAAGAACUUAAAAUUUAAGAUUUUAAGACAUUACUGCGUCAAUGUCACCCACACUUUUCACUUUUUGUGACCAUUUUUUGCUGCUAUUUUUCAUGAAUGUAGUUACAUUGCUGUCUAGCUGUAAAAAAUGAUAAAAGGCCACAUUCUUAACCCUGCCUAACACCUGUACUUGAACUGCUAAAGAAAUCAGGGAUUUGGGCAGCAAGGUCUGCAACCAGGCUAGCCAUAACCCUGUUUUUAAACAUGCUGGCUUACAGGACUGCAAUGACAAGUCACAAUGUCUGCCACUAGAAUGACCGGUUGCUCAAUUUGUGUGGAUUCAUGACUGAACUGUACCUCAAAAUAAAGUUUUACAAAAACAGAAAUGUAACCAAACUGUAAAAAUGCAAACAUGUAUUUAGACCUCAUGUUUGCUGAACAUUGUUAGUGCUAAAAGAUAUCAAAUAUCGAAGCCUAUAUUAAGGCAAGGGGAUAAAACAUAAAAAAACUCUAUAGUAUAGUCUAUCUACUUUACAUGAUUUCAAAAGAAUGAAAACACCUCAUUUUUUUUGCACACAAUUUUGGCUGUUGCGACACAUACUGUAUUAUCUACAACUGCCUAU